CACAUGCGUAAUAUUGUCCGGGCUACUAGGCUGUCUAAUUAGUUUCUCAGGAUGUGCGACAAAAACAUGGGAAGCUGCGGGAAUUUCAUCAGGCUGCUGCUUUUUCUCUUUAAUCUGAUUUUCUGGGUUAUUGGAAUUUUGAUAACAGUGUUUGGUGCCAUGAUCUACAUCCAAUAUGGGGCAAUUGUAAAGCUGGAUCUUGACAACAAAUACGGAUGGUCAAUAUCAAUGCCAGUAUUAAUCAUUGCAGUUGGCUGCAUCGUUUUUCUUGUGGCUUUCUUUGGCUGUUGUGGAGCAAUUCUAAAGAACCGUUGCCUUCUUUUUACAUUUGCUGUUAUAUUGAGUUUUCUAUUUCUUGUAACUCUGGCUGCGGUCAUUCUGGCUUUUGUGUACAAGGACAAGAUCAAAGACGAUCUUGGUACUGUGAUGAAUACUACACUCAGUGAGUAUGAGACCAAUGAAAAGAUUAAUAAUGGUUGGAACAGUCUGCAAGCCGAUUGGCCAAAAUGCUGUGGGAUUAACGAGCCACAGGAUUGGAUAAGAGUGAUUGACAAGAUUCCUGAGAGCUGUUGUAUUGAUGCAUCUCUUGACUGUACAAAUCCUGGCUCUGAUAAUGUUCGGCAAAACGGAUGUCUAGGUGAUAUCCAUGACACUAUCGACAAUCUCUGGACAUCUGGAGCGAUCAUAGCAGCAGCACUGUUGCUUAUUGAGUUAUUGGGUGUGCUGAUGGCUUGCACAUUGGCUAAAGACAUCAAGGCGUCUGAAUACGAAAUUGUCUGAUUCGUCUUGUUUGCAGCUGUUGUUGAGAUUGUGCACUUUGAGUGCAAUGAUUGGAUGGAAUUCAUAUUAUGUCAUAUUCAUUCUAACUUAUUUUUAUAAACGUUUGAUAUUAAUCCCGUCUAUGUUGUUUCAUCAUUUUUUAAAUGUUUUGGCUAUGAAUUGAAUUGUCAGCCUUGAGAUUCUAAAUUUGGUUUUUGAUUAAAGUUGUAUUUUUACUGUUUUCUUAAACUAUGUCAAUUAUAAAUGGUAUGCACUUGCUGUGUGUUAGACAUCACA